GGAAAAAAGAAUUCAGAAACAGGCACCCAUUUUCAUGGUCACUCCCAUCUCACUCUCUAUAAUGUUGUGCAGUUUCUCUGCUGAGAACCCACUACAGCAGUUUGCUUCUGCUCCAAAUUCUUGAUCUGGGGUUCUCGAAUUUCUCCCUGUUUUUCUUUGUUCAUUUUUGUUUCUGGAAUAUCGAGCUGCUGAAGGCAUGGCUCCAAACACGGUCGUGCUGACCAUUGAGAAGCCAAACAACAACUUCUCAUUGCUUGAGAUCAGUGGUCCUGAUACAUCCCUGCUUCUGGAGCAGAAGCGAAAAGCCGCCAGUCCCAAGCAAUUCACAUGGCUGCUUCUCCUGAAAGCACACAAAGCUCUGGCAUGCGUUUCUUGGUUGGCCAUGUCAUUGAACAAAACAUUUGCCUCUGUCAAGAAACGUGUAAAUUCCUCUGCUGACAUAGCUGAAGAAGAGCCACAGGGCAGGGGAACUAGACUGUACAGAUUCAUGAAAGCCUUUCUCUUCAUCUCAAUCUUUGCCUUGGCGAUGGAAGUAAUUGCCCAUUUCAAGAAAUGGAGCUAUCUGUCAGUGAUUCAUCCCUUGGAGGUUCAGGGCCUUGUGCACUGGUCAUACAUGGCUUGGCUGGCCUUCAGAGCUGAUUACAUUGCACCAUUGGUGAUCACGCUCUCUCAAUUCUGUGUCGCACUGUUCAUGAUUCAGUCUCUUGAUAGGAUGGUGCUGUGCCUUGGGUGCUUCUGGAUCAAGUACAGGAAAUUGAAGCCCGUGAUAGAUGAAGCAGCAUUUGACAUUGAGGAUUCUUCGAAUUUUCCCAUGGUUCUUGUUCAGAUCCCUAUGUGCAAUGAGAGAGAGGUGUAUGCUCAGUCGAUUGGGGCAGCUUGUCAGUUGGAUUGGCCCAAAGACAGGAUUUUAAUUCAGGUUCUGGAUGAUUCGGAUGAUGGAAAUGUACAGCUUCUUAUAAAGGAUGAAGUAUCCUCGUGGCGCGAAAAGGGGGCGAACAUAAUAUACAGGCAUCGAUUAAUUCGAACAGGUUACAAAGCCGGGAAUCUCAAUUCAGCCAUGUCCUGUGAUUAUGUGAAAGACUAUGAAUUCGUGGCAAUUUUCGAUGCGGACUUCCAGCCUAAUCCUGAUUUUUUAAAGCUUACGGUCCCUCAUUUCAAGGGCAAUCCUGACUUGGGUUUGGUCCAAGCUCGCUGGUCGUUUGUGAACAAGGACGAGAACUUACUCACGAGACUUCAGAACGUCAACCUGUGCUUCCAUUUUGAGGUGGAGCAGCAAGUGAACGGCAUUUUCCUUAAUUUCUUUGGAUUCAACGGGACCGCUGGCGUGUGGAGAAUCAAGGCAUUGGAGGACUCAGGAGGAUGGCUUGAGAGAACGACUGUUGAGGACAUGGAUAUUGCAGUCCGAGCACACUUGAAGGGAUGGAAAUUCAUUUUUCUUAAUGAUGUGAGGGUGCUUUGCGAACUUCCUGAGUCUUAUGAAGCUUACAAGAAGCAACAGCACCGGUGGCACUCAGGCCCGAUGCAGCUGUUCCGAUUGUGUCUUCCUGCCAUAAUUACUUCGAAGAUAACGGUGUGGAAGAAGGCCAAUCUAAUAUUCCUCUUCUUCUUGUUGAGGAAGCUCAUACUUCCCUUUUACUCAUUCACAUUAUUCUGCAUCAUCCUCCCAUUGACCAUGUUUAUACCCGAGGCCGAGCUCCCUCUCUGGGUGAUCUGUUACGUACCCAUUUUCAUGUCACUACUCAACAUCCUCCCUGCGCCAAAGUCCUUCCCUUUCCUGGUCCCCUACCUGCUAUUCGAGAACACCAUGUCGGUGACCAAGUUCAAUGCGAUGAUCUCGGGGUUGUUUCAGCUUGGAAGUGCUUAUGAAUGGAUUGUGACCAAGAAGACUGGUCGGUCCUCUGAAUCCGAUCUAUUGGCAUUCGCAGAAAGGGAGGAGAAGUCUUUGAACGAGGAGAAGAUCCAGAGGAGGCAUUCGGAUUCGGGUUUGGAGAUGUUGAGCAAAUUGAAGGAAAAGGGCGCAUUUCCAGCGAGGAAAAGGAAUAGGAUAUACAGGAAGGAGCUGGUGCUCGCUUUUUUACUCCUGACGGCGUCAGCUCAGCUUUUAUCGGCUCAUGGAGUGCAUUUCUAUUUCUUGCUGUUCCAAGGGCUGUCUUUCCUGGUCGUCGGCUUGGAUUUGAUCGGGGAGCAAGUGAGCUAACGCGGGAGUGUGUAAAUGCAUUGAGGUUAAUAUCACCGGCAGCUUUGUUGUAGUUUGAGCAAAUGAUAUCCAGAUAAAGAGAAGGUCGAAUAUCCAGCUCCAUUAUAAAUUUGGAUGGACUGGGACUAUCAGAUGCUAGUAGAAACAAGCGCAUUUGUUGUUAAUAGGGAGGUAUAAAAGCUUAUAGUCGGAUUCAUUUUAGAAUAAUUGUGUUAUUAAUGUUUGCAAUAAAGACAAAUUAUCAUAUAUUAAAGUAAA